GGAUGAUUACAAAAUAUAAGCAGGAUAUAGAGAGUGGGAGUGGAGAGAGAUAAUCCAAACUGGGAAACGACAAGAGCAAAGUUAGAAAGCGGAUGCAUAGAGAUAGAGGUGGUAAGCAAGGCAAGCUCACUUCCCCAGUAUUCCCUGUCUUUUUCCUUUAUCUUUAUCCUAUCUAAUUAACAUUUCUAGUACUACCAUAUAUACUUCCCUAUUUGCCUGUGCGUUGUCACUACCAUGUUUCUGCCACUCUCCAUGAAUGCCUCCUUCCUGUACUAGCACAUAUCUAAAUGUUGACAACUUAGGUUACACCGUAACAGAGUGAUGGUUGCUGUUGUAAUGGAAAUCACGGGCUCGAUGUGGACGGUCGCCUUCUUAGCAAUUCUGGCUGCUUUCGCCUUUCUAAAAUGGGUGUUGGAGAGAGUGAAUCCGUGGGUGUAUGAAACCCGAUUGGGCGAUGAGCGGUACUCUCUGCCGCCAGGGGAUUUGGGGUGGCCUUUCAUCGGCAACAUGUGGUCCUUUCUCCGAGCCUUUAGGUCCGACGAUCCCGAUUCCUUCAUCGCUUCUUUUGUUUCCAGAUUUGGACGUACUGGAAUCUACAAGGCUUUCAUGUUUGGGAACCCAAGUGUAAUCGUGACAAUGCCUGAAACAUGUAAAAGGGUAUUAAAUGAUGAUGAUGCAUUUAAGCCUGGAUGGCCUACGUCCACGGUGGAGCUCAUUGGAAAAAAAUCAUUCAUUGGUAUCCCUUAUGAAGAACAUAAGCGUCUCCGCCGUUUAACUUCAGCUCCUGUCAAUGGCCAUGAAGCACUGUCCAUUUACAUCCCAUACAUCGAGGACAUUGUCAUAUCUACCCUGGACAAAUGGUCCAAGAUGGGAAAAAUCGAGUUCUUGACACAGCUCCGGAAGCUCACUUUUCGGAUAAUAAUGUAUAUUUUUCUAAGCUCGGAAAGCGAAGAAGUAAUGGAAGCUCUGGAGAGGGAAUACACAACUCUCAACUAUGGAGUUAGAGCCAUGGCAAUCAAUGUCCCAGGAUUUGCCUACUAUAAAGCCCUGAAGGCUAGGAAAAACCUGGUGGCAGCUUUUCAAUCAGUGGUGAAUGAGCGGAGAAGUCAGAGGAAGACGAACAAGUCCACAAAGAAGAAAGACAUGUUGGAUGCCCUGAUGGAUGUUAAAGAUGAGAAAGGUGAAACACUAGAUGAUGAGGAAAUCAUUGAUAUCAUGUUGAUGUACCUGAAUGCAGGCCAUGAAUCUUCUGGCCAUACUACGAUGUGGGCGACUAUUUUCCUGCAACAACACCCUGAAUUUCUAGAAAAAGCAAAGGCAGAGCAAGAGAGGAUUGUGAAGAAAAGACCACCUACCCAAAAAGGUUUAACCCUUAAGGAUAUUCGAGAAAUGGAAUACCUAUCCAAGGUGAUUGAUGAAACGCUUCGGUUGAUAACAUUCUCACUGAUGGUCUUCCGUGAGGCAAAAACAGACGUCAAAAUAAGCGGUUAUACUAUUCCAAAGGGAUGGAAAGUGUUAGCUUGGUUCAGAAGCAUUCACUUGGAUCCUGAGAUUUAUCCAAAUCCAAAAGAAUUUGAUCCUUCUCGAUGGGAUGACUAUAACGCCAAAGCAGGAACUUUCCUUCCCUUUGGAGCAGGAAGCAGGUUGUGCCCUGGAAAUGAUCUUGCCAAGCUUGAAAUUUCUAUUUUUCUUCACCAUUUCCUCCUCAACUAUCAGUUGGAACGGCUUAAUCCUGAGAGUAAAAUUAGGUAUCUGCCUCAUACAAGGCCUCAUGAUAAUUGCUUGGCAGUGAUCAAGAAAAACCUGCCUUCACCACCCUAGCAAGGAUAUUGGAAUUUUUAGAUGGGGUUCAACAACAAUCCCAUUUCAUUAAUUAAAAUAAACAAUAUUGAUAAUAUCAUAAUAUUAGCAUCUCCUGUAAGGGAUUCUUAAAUGUAGAAUUUGAAUGAAACCAAUGUGUUACUACUGGCUCCUCUUUCAGUAAA